AUGUCUUAGAAAGCUAUUUCAAAAUAAAAUUUUUUUGGGAAAGCAUUUUGGUAUAUUCUUAAAAAAAUUUUGACCAAAUAAGCAUAUAAUAAAUUUGAAUAGAGAAAUACAAUUAAAUUCAAAACAUUCUAAAGAUGGAUCAUGAUCAAAAGAAAUAUAAGCUAGAUAAUUGCUAGUAAUGCUCUAUAAAAUGCAGAAAGGGCUACAUUUUCUUAAAUUAAUUCAAUAAAGAACAGAGUAGACGAUGUAAGUAAUAUUUAUAUGCAUGAAGCUAAUAAUUCAAAAUAAGGAUUUUAUACAUAAACUUAAGAUGAAAUCUUAGAAAACAAUUAAAAGAGUUUUAUAUCCGUGUUCAAUUAAAACUCUCCUGAAAUCAAAGAGAAUCGUUUCUUAUGGAUAAAUGAUGAAACACAAAAUUAAUUAAAAAAUACUAAAAAUUAAUAUGAGGAAAACUCUUCAAUUUUUGAAUCUAGAUUCAGUAAUAUUUCUGAAAAAAUUAAAAUUGAUGAAAGUUCUGAUUUAUAAGACUAAGAAAAACUAUCUUAAACCAUAAAACAUGUUCUCCCAGGACAAUAUAAUAUUUAAAAUCAUACCAUAAGCUCAUUAAAUAUUUAAAGCAAAUUAAAAUUCUAAAGCAAAGAUAAUAAAAAUUAAGAUCAUCAAAAUUGA